AUAGUGAUUACUGUGAUCAGUAUUGCCGGUUAUUUCAGGAGCUUGAAAUCUUUUUACAAUAAGUGGAAGAAUAUAGGUGGAUACGUUAACACCAGUUUUUUAUCUUGCGAAACAUCAGUUUGAAGGUUUUUGGACAUAAGCUGAUUUCGAUGAUACACUUUAAAUUCUAUCAUGGAGGAUUUAUAUUCUAUCGUCGAGUUCGAAGACGGUCUCCAAAUGAUCCCUAGUUCUUGGCUAACAGAGAAUAAAACUGCUGCUCGUUGGCCUCAGUUUACCUCGCAUGCAAGAUUUACCAAAGCUGUACAAAAACGUAUAUUAUAUGAUAAUAAUUGGUUCUUAUAUGAUGUAAAAAGAAUACUAGCUACUGCACAAACAUAUGAAAAAGGACUAAUAAAAUUAAAGAAAGCAGAAUUUAUCUCGGAUAUUAAUUCAGAAAGUGAUUCUGAAAAUUUAAAAAAAUCACGAAAAGACAGAGCUAAAAGAAUGAUAUCAAGCAGUGAUACUGAUGGAGAAGAGAUUCUACCACCUCUUCCUACGAUUCCACAAAUAAAAACUACAUGCAAUAAAAAGAUUAAUUAUAAUGGUAAACCAAGCCAGGAGUUAACAGAAAAUAUUACAACUAUCCACAAGAAGAAAGAAUUAGAGAAAUUGUCGACACAUACUAACAUAUCUAAAAUGAAGAGAAAGGAAAUACAUCAUGAUUUAGUUGCUAACAAUGAUGAAGAAAUUAAUGAAGAUGAAGAUAGUUUGUAUAAUAGCAAGUCUUUUGGUAAAUUUUAUAAAAGUAAUAACGAUGCUAGCUCAAAUAUUAGUAACUAUACCUUUGAUUUUCAACGUUACAUAAUAAGGAAACUUACAGACAUGGGAUUUAAAAUGUUUUCAUUAGAUGAACAACAAAAACUUAUUAAUAAUAAAUUAAAUAUUAUAUUACAACGUAUUGAAACAUUUAAUUCAAAUGAAAACAUUCAGGAAAACGAAAUUAGAGAGCAUUUAAUGGAUAAUUUUCCAAUUGACACUAUUGAAGAUUUAGAACAAUUAGAAAAAUCACUAAUAGAAGGCAGUAUUAAUCGCAAAGAACUGAUCAAACAGUUGUCACAAAUUGGUGGAAAUGAUGUUAGAGGAGUAACAUAUAAUCUCCUACGCAAAUUAAUGUCUGAUAAAUUAGCUAGCAAGUUUAGUUAUGUUGGAGGCAAAAAAAAGCGAGUGUUUUAUGACUUACAAUUACGAAAGAUUAUAUUCAGUGUUGUACAAAACCAAUUUGCGGAAACAACAGAUCAUUAUAUUGCUGAACCAAUAAAAUCAUGGUUGCGACAUGCAAACGAACGUCAUGUAAAGAAAAUCGACAAAGAAACUAGAACUAACCCUGGAGUGGAAAAUAAAGAAUAAAAUUUAUUCUUUAUACUAUAAGAAGUACUUAUAAC